AUGGGCUGGGGGAGCCGCGGCUGCUGCCCGGGACGCCUGGACCUGCUGUGCGUGCUGGCGCUGCUCGGGGGCUGCCUGCUUCCCGUGUGCCGGACGCGCGUCUACACCAACCACUGGGCAGUCAAGAUCGCCGGCGGCUUCCCGGAGGCCGACCGCAUCGCCAGCAAGUACGGAUUCAUCAACAUAGGACAGAUCGGGGCCCUCAAGGACUACUACCACUUCUACCAUAGCAGGACGAUUAAAAGGUCAGUUCUCUCAAGCAGAGGAACCCACAGUUUCAUUUCAAUGGAACCAAAGGUGGAGUGGAUCCAACAGCAAGUGGUAAAAAAACGGACAAAGAGGGAUUAUGACUUCAGUCGUGCCCAGCCGACUUACUUCAACGAUCCCAAGUGGCCAAGCAUGUGGUAUAUGCACUGCAGCGACAACACGCAUCCCUGCCAAUCAGACAUGAACAUCGAAGGAGCCUGGAAGAGAGGCUACACGGGAAAGAACAUCGUGGUGACCAUCCUGGACGACGGCAUCGAGAGAACCCACCCGGAUCUGAUGCAGAACUACGAUGCUCUAGCGAGUUGUGACGUUAAUGGGAAUGACCUGGACCCAAUGCCUCGUUAUGAUGCAAGCAACGAGAACAAGCAUGGGACCCGCUGUGCUGGAGAAGUGGCAGCCGCAGCGAACAACUCUCACUGCACAGUCGGAAUUGCUUUCAAUGCCAAGAUCGGAGGGGUUCGGAUGCUGGAUGGAGAUGUCACCGACAUGGUUGAAGCGAAAUCGGUUAGCUUCAACCCCCAGCACGUGCAUAUCUACAGUGCAAGCUGGGGCCCAGAUGACGAUGGCAAGACCGUGGAUGGACCGGCUCCCCUCACCCGGCAAGCCUUUGAAAACGGCGUUAGAAUGGGGCGGAGAGGCCUUGGCUCUGUUUUUGUCUGGGCCUCAGGAAACGGUGGAAGGAGCAAAGACCACUGUUCCUGUGAUGGCUACACCAACAGCAUCUACACCAUUUCCAUCAGCAGCACAGCCGAGAGUGGAAAGAAGCCUUGGUACUUGGAAGAGUGUUCAUCCACGCUGGCCACCACAUACAGCAGCGGAGAAUCGUACGAUAAGAAAAUAAUUACUACGGAUCUGAGGCAGCGCUGCACGGACAACCACACUGGGACGUCGGCCUCGGCCCCCAUGGCUGCGGGCAUCAUCGCGCUGGCCCUGGAAGCCAAUCCGUUUCUGACCUGGAGAGACGUGCAGCAUGUUAUUGUCAGGACUUCCCGUGCAGGACAUUUGAACGCUAAUGACUGGAAAACCAAUGCUGCUGGUUUUAAGGUGAGCCACCUCUAUGGUUUUGGACUGAUGGAUGCAGAAGCCAUGGUGAUGGAAGCGGAGAAAUGGACCACCGUUCCCCAGCAGCGCGUGUGUGUGGAGAGCACGGACCGACAAAUCAAGACGAUUCGCCCCAACAGUGCAGUGCGCUCCAUCUACAAAGCUUCGGGCUGUUCUGAUAACCCCAACCACCACGUCAACUACCUGGAGCACGUAGUUGUGCGCAUAACCAUCACCCAUCCCAGGAGGGGAGACCUGGCCAUCUACCUGACCUCGCCCUCAGGAACCAGGUCCCAGCUUUUGGCCAACAGGCUUUUUGAUCAUUCUAUGGAAGGAUUUAAAAAUUGGGAGUUCAUGACCAUUCAUUGCUGGGGAGAACGAGCCACCGGUGACUGGAUCCUUGAAGUGUACGAUACACCCUCCCAGCUGAGGAACUUCAAGACUCCAGGGAAAUUGAAAGAAUGGUCUUUGGUCCUCUAUGGCACCUCCGUGCAGCCAUACUCACCAACCAACGAGUUUCCUAAAGUAGAACGUGUCCGCUAUAGCCGAGUCGAAGACCCCACGGAUGACUAUGGCACAGAGGAUUAUGCAGGUCCCUGUGACCCUGAGUGUAGUGAGGUUGGCUGUGACGGGCCAGGACCAGACCACUGCAAUGACUGUUUGAACUACUACUACAAGCUGAAAAACAAUACCAGGAUCUGUGUCUCCAGCUGCCCCUCUGGCCACUACCAUGCUGACAAGAAGCGAUGCAGAAAGUGUGCCCUCAACUGUGAGUCCUGCUUUGGGAGCCAUGCUGACCAAUGCCUGUCCUGUAAAUAUGGAUACUUCCUAAAUGAAGAAAUCAACAGUUGUGUUAUCCACUGCCCUGAUGGAUCAUACCCAGACACCAAGAAAAAUCUUUGCCGGAAAUGCAGUGAAAACUGCAAGACGUGUACUGAAUUCCACAACUGUACAGAAUGUAGGGAUGGGUUAAGCCUGCAGGGAUCCCGGUGUUCCAUCACCUGUGAGGAUGGGCAGUACUUCAAUGGCCAGGACUGUCAGCCCUGCCACCGCUUCUGCGCCACCUGUGCUGGGCCAGGCGCUGAUGGGUGUAUUAACUGCACGGAAGGCUACUUCAUGGAGGAUGGGAGAUGCGUGCAGAGCUGUAGUCUCAGCUACUACUUUGACCACUCUUCAGAGAACGGAUACAAAUCCUGCAAAAAAUGUGAUGCUAGCUGUUUGACAUGCAAUGGUCCAGGCUUCAAGAACUGUACGAGCUGCCUCAGUGGGUAUCUCCUAGACUUAGGGACAUGUCAGAUGGGAGCCAUCUGCAAGGACGGAGAAUACAAUGAUGAGCAUGGCCACUGCCAGAUCUGUGAAGCCUCGUGUGCCACGUGCUGGGGGCCAACUCAGGAAGACUGCACUAGCUGCCCCAUCACAAGGAUUCUUGACAAAGGCCGCUGUGUUUUCAAAUGUCCCUCCGGGAAAUUUGAAUUUCAGAACCAAUGCCAUCUAUGCCAUUAUACCUGCCAAGAAUGCCAAGGAAAUGAGCCUUCCAACUGCACUUCCUGUGGAGUAGACAACCAGGGCCAGGAGCGCUUCUUAUAUCAGGGGGAAUGUUGGGAGAGCUGCCCAGCAGGCCACUACCCUGCCGAGGGGCACACCUGCCUACCCUGCUCAGACAACUGUGAGCUUUGCCACAGUGCACACAUCUGUAUACGAUGCAUGAGUGGCUACUUUGUAGUGCCCACCAACCAUACCUGCCAGAAGCUGCAGUGUGGACAAGGUCAAAUCCAAGACCCAGACUAUGAAGAGUGUGUGCCUUGUGAAGAAGGAUGUCUGGGAUGCAGUUUGGAUGAUCCAGGAACGUGUACAUCAUGCACUACGGGGUAUUACAUGUUUGACCACCACUGUUAUAAAACCUGUCCUGAGAAGACCUACAGUGAAGAAUUUGAAUGUAAAGCGUGUGAUACCAACUGUAGCAACUGUGACCAGCAUGAGUGCUACUGGUGUGAAGAGGGCUUCUUUCUCCUGGGUGGCACUUGUGUGAGGAGAUGUGGCCCUGGCUUCUACGGCAACCCAGAAGUGGGAGAAUGUGAGCCCUGCCACCCGGCCUGCAAGAGCUGCAUUGGCCUCGGCCCCCACCAGUGCAGCAGCUGUCAGGAAGGACUGCAGCUGCAGCAUGGGACGUGUGUGGGUCCUGCCCAGCCCCACGUGGAAGGCAAAUUCUGGAAUGAGCCUGUGCCCACUGCAAGUCCAUCUUUGGUGAAGAGCCUGCCACAGAAGCCACGGCGGAAGUUUCAAAUCAAAAGAGACAUUUUGAGAGGACACCAGCCAUGUCAUCCUUCUUGUAAAACCUGUGGUGAAUCUGCAACCCAGUGCACUUCAUGUCCAAAAGGCACCUAUCUGCUGGCCCAGGCCUGUGUCUCCUCCUGUCCCGAAGGCACCUGGCCCUCGGCGAGGAACGGCAGCUGUGAGAACUGUACCGAGGACUGCGCAUCCUGCUCCGGAGCCAAUCUUUGCAGCAAGUGCCAGACUCGGCCAGACUUCCCCGUCUUCCUCCACGAAGGCAGGUGCUACACCACGUGCCCUGAGGGCUUCUACGCAGAAGACAGUACGUGUAUGCCCUGUAGCUCUCCUUGCAGAACAUGUGAAGGAAAUGCCACCAACUGCCACUCUUGCCAAGGAAGCCUCAUCCUGCACCAGGGAGCAUGCUGGGAAGCCUGCCCUGAGAGGCACGUGGCCAUGGAGGGGGUGUGCAAGCAUUGCCCUGAGAUGUGUCAGGACUGCAUCCAUGAGAAAACAUGCAAAGAAUGUAUGCCUCAGUCGUUCCUGUACAAGGAUAUGUGUCAUCAAUCCUGUCCCCAAAGCUUCUAUGCAGACUUAGGCCAGUGUAUCCCCUGCCACGAAGACUGUCUGGAGUGUAGUGGCCCCUCAGCCGAUGACUGUGACCUCUGUGCCGAGCCCUCCUUGGUUUUCUAUGAUGGACAGUGUUUGGACGAGUGCCCAGUGGGAACUUACUAUGAAAAAGAGACUAAGGAUUGCAGAGAUUGCCACAAGUCCUGCCAGACCUGCUUGUCAUCUGGGAGGUGCACCACCUGUAAGGAAGGCCUGCAGGUCAACAGCCACGGAACCUGCAUGCCUCACGAGGAAUGCACCCACUCUGAGUACUGGGAUGUGCAGGCUCUGAAAUGCAAGCCCUGCCAUGCUAAGUGCUUCCGCUGCACUGGGCCCACAGAGGAACAGUGUCACUCCUGCCCAAGGGACAGACUUCUUCUCAACACGAUCUGCGUGCAGGACUGCCCCGAGGGCUACUACGCUGAUGAGGACAGCCACCAGUGUGUCCCCUGCCACAACUCCUGUAGGACAUGUGAAGGGAGACGCAGCACACAGUGCCUCUCCUGCCAACCAGGUUUAUUCCAACUGGAAAAGGAGUGCCUCCUCUACUGCAGGGAAGGGUACUACGCAGAAAUCUCCACUGGACGGUGCGAGAGGUGCAGCAAGAGCUGCAAGGCAUGCCAGGGCCCGGGGCCCGCCGACUGCCUGUCCUGCGAUACAUUUUUCUUUCUGCUCCGCUCCGAGGGAGAGUGUCACCCCACCUGCCCAGAGCAUUACUACGCGGAGCAAAAAACCAAGACGUGUGAGAGAUGCCACCCAACCUGCGACAAAUGCGAAGGAAAAGGAGCAUGGAAUUGCUUAUCCUGCGUGUGGAGUUACCACCUAAUGGGAGGAAUCUGUGCCUCAGACUGUCUGGUGGGGGAAUACAGAGUGGGAAAGGGGGACAAUUUUACCUGUGAAAAAUGCCACGAAAGCUGCGUGGAAUGCAAGGGACCUGGAACCAAAAACUGCACCGUGUGCCCCGCCAGCCUGCUGCUGCUAAUGGAUGAUGGCCGUUGCCUACAAUGCUGUAAUGUCUCUGAUCCCUCCCACACCCAGGAGUGCUGUGACUGCCGGGACACCACAGAGGAGUGUAUCCUUCAGUCAAGUGAAAUAGGGCCUGCCGGUGAGCAUACCAAGACUGCCCUGUUGAUCACAUCCUCCGUUAUGCUGGUGCUUCUGCUCGGGGCAGCUGUGAUUGUCUGGAAGAAAUCCCGGGGCCGAGGUGAGCCCGUGGCAAAGCCCGGCUAUGAGAAGCUGGCUGACCCUAAUAAGUCAUAUGUGUCCUAUAAGAGCAGUCAUCAUCAAAGCACCAGCUUUGAAGAGGAUCAGGUGAUUGAGUACAGGGACAGGGACUAUGAUGAAGAUGAUGAUGAUGACAUCGUCUACAUGGGCCAAGAUGGCACUGUUUACCGGAAAUUUAAGUAUGGGCUGCUGGAUGAUGAUGAGGAGGAUGAGCUGGAAUACGAUGAUGAGAGUUACUCCUACCAGUAGGCAAGAGGCCACCCCCCCCAACUCUGCCCCGUUCCACUCACAGGCAUGUAUGCGGGUGUUACAGUUUGGGGGUUUUAUCACCACACAACAGGCUGACGUGUGGGUGUUUGUAUUGGUCCCCUUAACCACAAGUCCAGCUAGAGUAUGGAAGAAAGCUGAAAUAAUUAGUUCUUCUUUGGAGUGGCUAAACUCAACCAACCAUAACUGAGAAACAAGGAUAAAAUUCAGAGGGAUUUUUCUCAGAAUAAUAAAUCAAAAUUACAGAAAGUAAAAAAAAGUGAGAUUUGUACAUUUCAUGAGAUUAAAAAAAAAAAAAGUGGACCUAUUAGGGAUUCUGUUUCUCAGCUAUGUUGCAGAGAUAUUUUCUGCUUUCUGGGAUUCUGAUAUUUCUAUAAAUGAUUUUCUGGGGGGAUAGGGAGACAAAAGAGUUGUUUGUCUCAGGAGAUUUUUCUCCCCCAUUAGCUAUCUUUAGGCAAAGGUCAGUUCUGUUAGGACCAGCUAAAGGUUUUCCUCCUCAUGCCCUUUAUCACUGGCCUCCAGACUGUCCCUGGGGAGCAGAAGACACUACCUGCGCUAAGGGUGUUCACAACCUACUUGGAGAUGAGGCACGAAAAGGGAGCCAGCAUCAGAGCCAAGGAACUAUGUGCUCCCUGGGCUCUGGCUCCUCUGUAGGAAUCCACAGUCACUGUCCUAGGGCAGAGCAAGCUCAGGCAGGACAAGGGAGCAGCAAGCCAGUAGGACAGGAAUCAUUACAUUCCCAAGAAUUGCAGCAUUACACUCUCAUGAUUUUUGUGGUCGGAAACACCAGCUAAGACAUUAAGUAAUAAAAGAAAAAUGGUAGUGUUAACCCAACAUAAAAUGGGAUAAAAUGACGAGAACUACAUCCACUCCGAAAAAAAAAGUUUUUAGCUACCAAAUCAAAAAGCUUUCGACAGCCUGUCACAGACUGAGAGCUCCCUGAGAGACGUGCAAACAACUUGUUAAUAUUAAGAGGAUCCUUAUAGAAAAAGUUGGAACGGAUUCUCUAACGUGGGAAAUCCCAACGUCCUGCUUAUGAGCCUAAUCCAGCCGCCCACUGGCCUUCCAGCACUCUCUACCACUCUGAUCCAUUUCUAGACAUUCUAGGCUCUCCUUGGUCCACUCUCCUGUCAAGUACAUGCUUGGAUUUGUGCACUGGGCCAUUGUGUGAAAUUAUAUACUCAGGAUUUUGCAGAUUUUCUUAUCCAAGCAGAAGUUACAGGCAGUCCUGUGAAGGGAUCACGAAAAAUGACAUUUUCAGAUGACAAUGCUGCUCAUUAAAAAAUUUGUCACACACCUCCUAUGUAAUAGAUAUCGAGCUACAUAAUUCCUUUAAGAUGAAAAUCACCCCACUUAAUACCAUGACUGCAUGAGUUUAGCACCAUUACUAUCCUGUUUUUAUAGGAAACCUAAGACUUUUGAGAGAGUAAGUAAAUAGCCCGAGGUCACAGAAAGCUAAUCAAGAUUCAAGGAAAAAGAAUGACCCUGAAGUGCAUAGUCUUAGUAGCUAUACUAUACUGGCAUAAAAUAAGAAGCAACCUAAAUGUAGUAAAAGAGUGUAUAUUAUCUUAUUUCAUGAUAUAGCAACAAUUUUACCCUUACUAAAUUCAUGCAUUCUCCUUUUCUUUUAAUAUAACGUAUCACUGAUGCAGAAAAUCUCUGUGAAGAAGCCUUCCAUGUACUGAGGCCUCAGUGUUUCUUUAGGGGAAUUCUCUUAAAACAAAGGUUGGCAAACUUUUCUCUCGAAAGGGCCAGAUAGUAAAUACUUUAGGCUUUGCACAACCAUCAACUCCGCCAUGUGGCACAAAGGCAGCCAAUCCAGAACAAAUAAUGGGCUGUGUUCCAAUUAAACUUAUUUAGGGGCACUGAAAUUUGGAUUUAAGGUAAUUUUCACAUAUCAUGAAAUAUUGUUGUUCUUUUGAUAUUUUUUUGUCUUCCAGCACUUAAAAAUGUAAAACCAUUCUUAGCUUAGGGGAGUCCAAAAACAGGUAAUGGGCCAGACUGGCUAACAGACGUAGCCUGCCGACCUCGUCUUAAAAAAUAUAUAAAUGAAUAUCUGCCGACCUCAUCUUAAAAUAUAUAUAUAUACAUUCUCAAGAGUCCAUGUGUUUUUAUACACAUAUGAUAUACUUCCAGCAUUUUUGAUCAUUUAAAAUCAUCUCUUCAAAAUCUAUCUGAAGUUCUAAUAGUUCUCUUUUCAAUCCUUAGAAGUUAAAAAUAGGUGUAAGAUAGCCAUCGUAUCAAUGGAAGCCUUUCUUAUCCUUUGCUGUAAAAUUACAGAUUUAUAGUCUAUGCAAAAGAGUAAUUUUGUUCAAUUUU